CAUAUAACCAACUCCAUCAUGUUCACAUGCCCGUCCCUCAGUGUUCCCAUGUUCAACAGCAGUAGUAUCAUCAUCUAGCAGCCAGGCCCAUGUGAAUUCACAACUGUUACUCGCGUCACUGUCUUCACUUCACACCUCCGGAAAAAUUCAAUCCUAGACUUUUCGCGAAAAUGGCAACAGGAACCGCCGAGGCUACCAAGCCGGCUUCCACAAACGGUUCAUCGGAAAAGCCCAUUCAGCCCAUACCAGCUUCCGGCACAAACUACCCGUGGAGCAACAAAGAUGGUGCCUGGUAUCGUCAAUUGGGCUCUAUGGAGUCUUUCUAUCAGAGUUUGGCGUCUCCCGAAGGUUAUCCUGUCCACUGGAUGAUCGGCUGCAGUGUGACUAUCCAAGCCCAAGAUGAUAGCAUCGACAAGGAAGGCUCUCUCAAAAAAGCCUGGAAGGCUGUAGCGAAGGACUUCCCAUGCGUUGGCGCCGUCGUGGAUCCAGUUUCGCGGGAGAUUGUGGCUCGCGAAAAUGCUAUUACAGACGAGUGGCUACAGAAGAGCUUUCGAGUUCAUGAUGGAACAACCGCCGACGAACUCUUCUCUGCGUUCAAGAGCCAGUUCCACAUCACACUCCAUUACAUUCGGGAUACCAACCAGCUUCUACUCCAGUCACCUCACACUCUGAUCGACGGGCGAGGAAUGUUGUAUCUGUACCAUGCCCUGUUUACUACACUGGCUGCUCUACCGGGCGACAACUCUCAGGCACAACACGAGACGUCCGGAGCACCAAAUCUUUCGAAGCCGUACGAUGACUGGCUGGGAGUCCCAGCUUCGCCCUCAGGGAAGAAUUUUGCCGAUGCGCAGUCCAUCUUUCAGCGGGUUUUGCAGCAAGAGAAGCCGAUCAGGCUCCCUGGUGUCGACUUUACAACCAUCCCGCAAAGACCAGUCCACAGAGAUCUUGAGGUGGACGAGAAGACAACCUCAACUAUCAUCAAUGCGUGCAAGGAAAAGGGGGUCAGUGUCACUUCAGCAUGGCACGCUGCGCUUGCUUUGACAACCCAGAAACUGCAGUCAGCUAGUGGCGAGGACGGUUCAUCCUACGUCUCGUUCACCACCAUUGAUCUCCGUCGCCAUUUCCCAUCCUCUUUCAUUCCACAGAAACACUCAAUCGGGUCACUCCAGACCGCCUUGCCUCUCGCAGCGGACCUCAGCAAGGACAGAACUUUUGAUGCUCUCAGCCAAUCUCUGCACAAGCAGUAUAAAGCGCCUUUCGCUUUCGCCGAUAACGAUUUUGGGUACCUGACCCCUUACAUGGCCAUGUCUCGGCAGAUCCUCGAAAGUGGCGGUGUGCCACCCAGCAGUACGCCGUCGUUGUCCAGCAUGGGAGUUGUUGACGACUAUCUUCAACGCCAGUAUGGAGCUUGGGGGGUUUCCAACUUUUGGGUGAGCUCCACCAUGAUGACUGGCGAUUUCCAGAUGUAUCUGUGGACUUUCCGGGGAAAGCUCACCUUUAGUGUGUGCUAUAACGAGGCGUUUUAUAGCGCGGACAAGGUCGAUCGUGUUAUGGAGAGCACUAGAGAUGAACUAGUUCGUGGCUUGACUCAGCUGUAGGUCGCUGGGGAGCGCCUGGAGCUGGCGCUAGAGCGAAGCCUCAUGUGUCCUGGGUCGAGCCCUGCAGCCCCUAUUAGGGCCCCAAGUACUACCAUAACGCAAUUUUGACAUGAUGUUUGCGCUUUGACAUGACUUCGACAUGGAUUUAUCUGUGGAAGCUCAA